AUUUGACUCAGUAAAAAUUAUUUUCAAUAUUUCUUUAUUUAUUUAAUUUUAUGCAUUUAACUUUAUGAGUCAUCGUGUAUAAAAUUGCGUGUGGACUCGUUUCAUAACCCUUGUUUCCUCCAUGCCUGAGACUGACCAUAUUAUCUCUCUCCCAAUAUUCAUUUCUCUCUCUUCUUUUUUAUUUAAUUCCAUUUUUUUUUCUUGAUUUGAGUUUUUGGUCACCUCAGUAGGAGAAGCCUGGUAAUUGUUGUACAUAUUUAUUCAGGUUUGUUCUUUAUAGCUCAAGAUCUGGAAGAUGAAUCACUUAGCUGUUCAGCAGAAAGGUUUCGCCGCCGGCGAGGAGAUGAGGGCCGCCGCCGCUUACAGAUCUGUGGAUAUGAAAGAAUCGGUGGUCUGCCCCAAGCCGCGGCGGCUCAGUUUGCUUCAUGCAACCCUUAACGAACCUUCUCAAGUGAGACCCCUGCGAUGGCACACUAGCCUUAAUCAAGAGGUUUUUGAUGCAAAAGCUGGAAAUGAGCUCCUAGACUUCAUCCUGACAAAGGGCACUACUAAUUGUGGCAUCGAUCAAUCGGCCACACCAAUAGCCUCGUCGCCCCCUUUUUUUUGCGGGUCUCCGCCGAGCAGAGUUUCUAACCCACUAAUUCAAGACUCUCGAUUUGGUGACGAGAAAUUCACACCCAUCUCUCCACGCGCAAUCCUCACACCAUCAAGCCCGGCCCAUUCUCCCUCAUCCUCGGCCCGCAAGACCAAUAGCUGUGUCCGUGCAAAUUUUGGGAACAAUCCAGCUGUCAGGAUUGAGGGCUUCGACUGUCUUGACCGAGACAGGCGCGGCUGUAGCAUCCCUGCUCUUGCCUGAGGAUCGUGCGAAUUUUGGAAAUCGAACGAGAUGAGUUGAUCUUGACCGUUGAUCGUGUUUUGUCUAGUUGUGCAUAUACAUAUAUAAUAUUAUUAUUAUUAUAUGAUAAUUGAGGUCUAAUGAGUUUGUUUUUCGUUUUAAUUUGAGUGUGUGUCUGUAAUUAAAGGAGAAGAAAAAAGUGAGCCUGAUGUGAAGUAAUUGAGAAAAUGAGGUUCUGUGGUAAAGUUUGUUGACUUGAGGAAUAAUUUUGAUGAGAGGCAAAAAGGGGCCUCCCUCUCUUUGUAAUGGUGUAAGUAAAGAGUUGAGAGGAGUUGGGGGGCUUUGUAUGGUAAUUUGUGUAAGUUUUGGGGUUGUUUUUGGGAUUUUGGUGAUCUUUAGGAUGCUUGUGUGAGUUGAAGGGAAAAUUUGUACAAAAGGAAUAUAUAUGUUUGCGUAUCUUUAUGUAGUUGGCAUCGAGUCAUCAUGUUUUGUAGUGUCGGAAAGACCCUUUUGUAAAUAUGGGCAAAGAUAUGGAGUAUCGAAUUUUAUUAUAUUUAUUUAUUUUUCUUGUGAUUUUAUUUUAUGGCGUUUUGUGAAUGGUGAUGAUGAUGAUUGAUGAUCGCUAUUGCACGCCAGAAAAUCGUUUUGUGGCCCAUUUUUAAGUAUUAUUCUCAGUUUUAGGUUCCGUAUGGGAUUUGUCAAAUUAUUGUUCCCAUGUUAUGCUGACUUUUAUACAAG